UCAAACAGUAAACAGGAAACGUAUGUUUUGCCGGUCGGCACGGUUGUGGCACCCGCUACUCCAGCACUGAGUGGCCCAAACACCGAAGCUGGUGGUUUACUGCUUAUUUUGUAUGUAGCUACAUUUAAUGCUAAUCACAAGUCUAGCGCUGGAACACUAGUUAGCUUUUGUUUGCAGUGUAGCUAAGGUGCAACCCUCUGUGGAAAUGGGUUGUGUGGGGGCGGUGUGAUUUGUUUUUUUACCGUUAGUCUGCUGGCCAACUUUAAGAUGCUAAACGCUAAACACAACGAGCUGUAUGAAUACGUGACUAUUUAAACCACAGUAAUUAAGACGAAAGGCUCCAGUCGUGUUGUGUUCUUGACAAAUGCUAGCUAGAGUAGCUGAGCGGUUGCCAAUAGAGACAGGAGGCGCUUAUGUGUGUUCAUUUUAUGCUGCUCUUAAACCCAGAGCUGCUAACAGUGACGAUGAAAUGAUAAAUAAAUAAAAAAAAAUGGCAGUAAAAAUGUAUUCUGCUCGGUUCUGUUGCACUGUUAGCUUGAUGACUACCCUUACACUGUAAACCCACCAGCACAGAUUGAACAUGGCUACAACGCUGAAGGGGAAAGCCUCGAAAAGUUCAUUCAGGGAUGAUUUGCUUGACAGCUUGCUUGAUGAUGACAAGCAGCCAGUAAGGACGAAAGCAUCACGCGGAGGACCUAUGUAUAGCACGCUAGCACAGGAGAUAAAAAUGGAUGGUGCGGACACUGAGGACUCGGAUGUGUCAGCGGCUGAUCCCAGCGACAUACUCAAGAGCAUGAAGGACAUGGACGACAUGGACGCUGACCUCUUUGCAUCAAAGAAGAAGCCCAGUUCGGCUCCCGCGCAAACAAAGCCACUUGUUAGCGAAGGACCAAAGAAAGACUCUGCUGUGCUCGAGAGUAAUGCAAAACCAGAGGAAGCAGAUGAACCCACCAAAGAGGGGAAGAAGCCGAACUCUGCACCUUUAUCCUCAGCGCGGAGUUAUAAGAAGUUCACCUUCUCUGACAGUGGUGGUGAGGAUGAAGGUGUUGCUCAGACUUCUUACGCUAAAGAUCUAGACGACCCCCUGGAUGAUUUGCUUCCAGGUGACUCAAAGCCUGACUUGAAAUCUAGCUUCUCCAAACCUGAAAAAUCUGUGCCAUCUCCUUCAGCAUCUCCCAUUCUAAAGAAUAAAACGACUAAGGCAACAAAGAAAGGCGAGCUCACGUUUGAGGAUGAUAAGGAUGACCUAAUGGAUACACUCGGAUUUGACAGCAAUAAAAACAAUCCCAAGAAACAAGAAACACCGCUUUGGUCUCCCAAGGAAAGAGCCGACGCCCCUCAGAGACCUCGUACCAGAAUUGAUGAGAUUCUGGAGAGUUUCACGUCACCGCGUCUUCUGGAGCGACCACCAACGGGCGAGAGGAAGGACGAGCUUCAGUCUCAAGAAAAGCCGCAACAGGAGAAGACGUCUGCUGGGAAAGAGCCUCGUUUAGAUGAUGACCUCACAUUUGGAUCCUAUCAGCCCACACUGGGAUCCACUUCUGAAGGGCGUCAGUCUCGUAGACAGUCUGUCAGAUUUUCUACUGAGGACAUGAGUGUAUCUACGCCAGAAAAGAAGCCAAAGCCCACCACUCCCACAUCUUCUCGACAACGCAACUCAGCCGACUGGCUGGGCCUCAAGACAGAAGAUGAGCCGGUCUAUCUAGAGGAGGGCAUCGAUAAGACAAAGAAUCCAGCAGAGGCUUCAAAGAGCCCCUCGUCUCCUUUACUGGAAAGAAAGCCCUCAUUCACUGGUAGCCAUUCCACAUCUGUUGCAAAAACACCAGAAGAGAGCUCAGCCCCAGCUGACAAUACCAUUAAACAGGCCAAGCCUGAGGUUUCUAAGACCCAGAGGAAAGAAGGGGAUGAUGAGGAUGACUGGUUAGCUGGGGCACUGAGCAGGAGGAAAGCUCUGUCCGCGUUAAACACAGAGGCAAAACCAUCCAAGCAGGAAGAGUCUUUCACUGACUUCAGUGUUAGUAAACAAGUAACGUCACAAACUCCCAAAAGCAGAGAAGACACGCUUCCUUCAAUCAAAGAAACGAGUGACACUUUUCCCGGACGCCUCGGUCCUGCUGCUCAUUCCACGCCUGUCAGAGAAGAAAGGUCUAAUCAUGAUCCGCAGCAAAAUGCAACGCUAAACACAUCAGCUGCUUUCCCACAACAGGCAUCAUUUUCAGCCGACAGUCUGCAGCAGCUGCUUCUCCAAAACCAGCUGAUGCAGACUCAGUUGCUGGGCCUAGGCGGUGUGGUUGAUGCGGGACUCCUGCGGCGACUUACAGAAAAAGAACAACCUGCAGACUAUCAAGCUUUACAGGCCCGCGUCAUCCAGUUGGAGGGACAGGUCAAGACUUUGCAGCUGGAGCGAGACCAAAGCCAAAUGAUACUGGAGAGCAUGCAGCAGCGGCACAAACAGGAUAUGGAGCUCCUGGAGAACGCACACAAAGCUCGUGUGAAACUGCUCGAGGAUUCGGUUGCCCAGCGGGAGACUCAAGCGCGACAUGAGUGCGAAGACCUGAUGGAACGCCUGGCAACGGUAACGCGAGCGGCUGAGAAGGAACGCUCAGAGCUUCAGGCUCAGUACCAGCGGAAAAUGGCCCAGGCCCAGCAGGAAAGAGACUGUGAGGUGGAGAGACUCAGAGACCUUCAGAGAAAAUCUAUCUUGGAGAUGAAGAGAGACUAUGAGGAUCAGAUCCACAGACUGAAGAGGCUAAAGGAAGAAGAGAUCGAUGCUGUUACAAGCGCAACAUCUCAGACCAGGUCCGUGGCAGGGGUGAUUGAAAGGAUGGAGCAGUUCUCCUCACGGCUUGGGGAGCUUUCCUCUCGGGUGGAGAGCACGCACGAACACACCGCUCACGGCCUGGAGCAGGAGGCACGGCACAGAGACGAGCAGCUUCGAACAAUGCAGGGUCAUCUGGCCCAGCAGCAGAAAGCCAUGGCAGAGGAGAAAGCGUACCUGAAGGACAUUAUUUCCAGGAUGGACACUCAGCUUAAAGAGCAGCAGAGACAGCUUGAGAAGGAGCGCUGGAAGAUGACAGCAGAGCAGGCCAAAGCCGAGUCGACCCAAAGAAGCCUGGAGGAAGAGCGGUGUGUCCUCACCACGCAGAUCAGCGUGGAGCGAGAGGAGCUGGAGAGAGCCAAGAGCGCGUUACUGGAGGAGCAGAAGUCAGUGAUGCAGCACUGCGCGGAUGAGAGGAGGAAGUUGGCGGCCGAGUGGGCACUCUUCCACGCCCAGGAGAAGCAGAGGCAUGAGAGGGCUGAGCGUGAGGUCAGCAGUCUGUUGGAGAAGAGGGAGGGCUCCAUCAUAAGUCUGGCACAGGAGCAAGCUGACUUGAAGCUUCGCAUGGCCGAGCUGAAACAGAAGGAACUUGCUGUGGCACGGGAGCGAGAGGCUCUGGAAGAACUUAGAGAAGAGCUGGACAGAGAGAAAGAAAGACUAAGCAGCACGGCCCUGAGACUCAAAACACGAGCCCAGGAGGUCGAGGCUUUCAGCAAGCUCGCGGCAGAGAAGUAUGAGGAGGGGGAACGAGCAUUGCAGGAGGCGAAACGAUUGGAGGCGGAGCACGAGGCGCGACUGAGAAAUAUUCACACCCAAACAGAGCACCUGAGGCAACAGGAGCAACGGAUUUUAAAGGAGCAAAUACGAUUAAGUCACCUGCAUAAGGAUACAGAGAGGCUGGGGCAAAACCCUCCUCUUACACCUCUACCACAAAUUAUUGCCCCCGUUUUAACAGACUCAGUUUCAGAGCUGCCUGCAACCCUAAAUGUUCCUCCUCCAGUUUCAUUUACCAGCUCUCAGUCUAUGGCACUUCAGGCCAAUCUGGCUCUGUGGAGAUAUACUGCAGAAAAGGACCGUGAAUACCUACAAGAGGAGCAGUUCUUUCUAGAAAAUCUGAAAAAGAAAUCUUACAGAUCUUUCAGCACAGAUUGACCAACACAUGCUGGGCUUUCCUCCCAGCACAUAUGGAAUCACGUUAC